AGAGAACUAAGGAAAAACGUUUUAGCAUCCUCAGGUCGCGCGCAGUCGCUUAUACACUGCGGCACAGCCCAAAUACUAUCGUUAAAUUCAACAUCGUCAACUGCCACUGGCUUCCCACAUCUCCUCUUCCUCCAAUAAACCAACAGCCGGUUCAUCGUGUUUUUCGCUUCAUCAUGUCGGAAACUCAAGGCUCGCCAGUCAGUGAACAGAGUAAUGAGGAUAAAAAUGAGGUAAAAUCACCGGAAACUGAAUCGAAGGACGAGAAGGAUGAGACAAGGACCGAAGGAGAAACAAAAAUCGAAUCACCAGAAGAAACGAUGCCCGAAAAUAUCGCCGAUAAAUUAACGGCCCCACGUGAUGAGGAGAGUGACAAAGCCCUCGUUACCCCACCGCCGAGCGCCGAGCCGCGCAGACAAGCCGGUGAGUGCAGAUUAUUGCCCGUAUUAGUAGAUUUGCGCUCGAGCCUCGAGACGAAUUCCAAUUCCUCCUGCGCAACGACGUCGCGACGGACCUCCGAUUUGCCACCAAUAACCGAGGGCGCCCCCGAGCCCAAGCUGGACCUCAGUUACUUCCACGAUUUAUGCACCUCCGAUUUGAAGACAGCCCUGGCGCGCCUGGAGGACACCCUGAAGCGAGUGGACAUUAACGCCCUGACAAAGUACUCCCUGACCCUGGAGCCCUCCGACAAAUUCCACCUGCUGCAGUUGAUCUCGACGCUGGUAUCGAACCUGAAGCGCGCGAAGAUCGACGAAGAGACGAACGAGUCUCGCCCGUCGCCCCCACCCCCGCCGGUUCCGCCGUCGCCGCGACGGCCGCGCAAGCGAGGGAACCGCCACACGAUCGGGGUCAGCAGCGAGGAACUGGCGAGCGCAAGGCGCUGGCUGGAGCAGGAGCGCGGCCCUGCGGCCGUCAAAAUAGCCCGGAACCCCCCACCGGCAGUUCCGCCCGCGGAACCCGCCCCCCUUCCCGACUCCAGAGUCUCAGACUGCUGGAACCCCCCCGACGUCAACCUCCCGAGGACCUGCGACAAGCGCAUCAAGGACGCCAUCAACCAGAAGCAGUCCCUCCAGCACAGGAUCAAGGACAGCGAUCCCAGCGGGAACCUCCCCCCCGCGACUCCGCCCCCCGCGGGUUCCGGCGACCCCUGGGAGGGCCUGGAACCCCCCCUCAGCCCCGACGACGACAGACUGUCGUAUAAAUUCAAUUACCUCCAGCCGAGCGCCCACGACCACGCGUCCUUCAACGGAACCUCCAAGUCCAACAAAUACUCCGCCAAAAAAUCCAAGAUCAAGCGCGCCAACACCAUCGACAUCCCCAAUUACCUGAAGAUGCAGGCGGAGAAGCAGAGGAUGCAGUCGGGGAACGGCCUGCGGAGGCCCAUCGACAUCAGCGAUAAAAUCGCUUGGAACCGGUUCUGCGGGCCCCAGUCGAUGAACCCCCCACCGGCAAUUCCGUCCUUCCAACCCAAGACUGAGAACGACAAGAAGUUCCUGGCGCUCAUCAACCGGAACGCCGACGGCCCGAGCAACUGGAGGAACCUCCCCCCGUCGAGCGCGCCCUUCAAGAGCUUCAACUACCGCCAGACGAAUUCCGUCGCCGAUAAAAACUGGAGGAGCCGAUUCUCGAACAUCAAGACGACUUUCGAUAAACCGCAGUCCAACCCCUCGUCGGUCUCGUCCUCCCCCGCGUCUACAGUGUUCUCUGGACCCUUUGGGUCUCGACGGAACUCGAAGGAACUCCAGGGGUUCCUCAGCCAUCACGAGGAGGACCCCCCGAAGUUCGAGUCGCGGAAUUUCCCGAGGCUCGAGGAGAACGGGGAGAGGGUCGCGACGGCUUCCCGGAGGUUUUCGGCUGCUGUGAACAUGGAAAAUAUUCCGGAGAACAGGGCACCGCAGCCUGUGCCCAGGUCGGUCUUCAGUCAUGCGGCGACGUCGCCCUUCAAGAGGUUCCCGUCCUCGAGGAGCGACGAGAGCAGUCAGAAGGGCUCGCCUGCACCCCCCGGGGGGGACAGACCAGUGCCGUCGAGCUAUUUGCCCGCGUGCGCCACUGGGGGUCUCCUCAGGGCCAAAGUCAAGAUCUUCGACCAGGCCCAGUCGCAGGUGCAGGACCAGAAGUCGAAUCCACUAAACCGAAGUCGACAGUUCAAGCAGGAGCUCUUCGACAGACCUAGAGGAUCUCAAAAAAUCGAGGGCUUUUAUCCGAAUCAGGACUUGCGGACAAAUGGCUCUGAGAAAUGGACAAAUGGCUCUGAGAAAUGGACAAAUGGCUCUGAGAAAUGGAUAAAUGGCUCUGAGAAAUGGACAAAUGGCUCUGAAAAAUGGACAAAUGGCUCUGAGAAAUGGACAAAUGGCCCGAGUCAUCGAGAGAAAGAGGUCCAGGUGGACGUUCACGAGAGGAACGACCACGUGGGGCACCAGUACCAGAGUGUGGCCAUCCAGACGAGCGCGAGGUCGACCCCAAAGCCCAUCACCCCCGAAGCCGAGGCAUUUCCUGUCCAGAGUUUCUGCAAACCGACGUUUUACUCCGAGUCAGAGAACCCCAUUUACGUCCCCCCGACCCUGAAGGACGUGAAUUUUCACGAGAGGAAAUUCGACGACUACAAGCCUCAACAGUUGCCCCCAAUUCUGAGCAACGAACAGAGCGUUGAGAACCAGGAUAUCACUCCUGACAAGAUCGUCACGAGGUACACAGCGGCGAUCGCGACAGUGGCGAGUUGUCCUGAGGCAGUUCCCCUGGUCCUGCAAGACGACAUGCACAGGCUCCCGCAGAAUUCCGUCCCCUUGAAACCGGGGGAACCUAUUGUCCUUCAGGACGACAUUCAGAGGCACAAUCUGCUGCAGCUGAGCCUGAUAAAGAGGAUUCAGGGGGCGGAGGAGCCAGAGCCACUGCUCAUAGAGAUGAACAACACUCAGGACAAGAUCAAUAUCUUCGAGGAGAAGUCCCACCCAGUCCCCAAGAUCAACGUCACCAGUCCCACCAAGCCCGCGCCCCCCCUGGCUCCCCCUGGGAACCCAAAGCCCUCGAUGGUCCCCAUAGACUCCAGUGACGAGUACUUAGUCUCUUGCUCCAAUCGACCGAACAGGUCCAUCGUCCUGUCCAAGUCCGAGUCCUGGCAUCAGCUCGCUCUCACCGGGGCCAGCAAACCUCUUCAGCAUCUCCAGGUGCCUCCCCCGCACUCCCACAAACCACCCAAGUCCAGCUCACCCCUGUCUCAGAGACUCUCCAAGAAUUUUGAUGCCUCGGGGAGUAAUCCCAAUGUUGCGCUGAAGAAGAUGGAGGAGAAGGUGCAGAGGUAUUUUAAUAACAAUCGUGGGUCCAGCGGCAGUUUGGAUUGCCAUCAGCAGUCGUCGGGGGUUAAACGCGAGGCGAGACGGUCUUUUUCACCGAAAAAAAGCCACAAUCUCGCCAGAAGCCACACGAUGCCACAUCUGUUCGAUGAUAGCUACGAUGUUGACAAGGCCUUCGACAGCCUCUUCGAAGAGACCACCAAGGACAAUCGAUACUAAAUUUACGAUGAUCAGGACC